AUGUUUGACGAUCAAGACCUAGGCUUCUUUGCCAAUUUUCUGGGGAUUUUCAUCUUCAUAAUGGUCAUUGCAUACCAUUUCGUGGUGGCCGAACCAAAAUUCGAAUGAUAUUUUGAGGUUUCAUCUUUUGUUGGUUUCUUCUACAAAACACUUAGAAAUGUGACCAGAAUCAACAUGUUGUCCUUAUCAUUCCAUAGGGCUUGAUGUUUUACCUCUAGAUGAGUAAUCAAUGUAUCUCGACAAUGUGGUUUUUGAUUGCUAUAAGAGUUAAAAGACUAAUUUUUCCCUA